AUGGCGGACGCCAGCGAAGACCCCACCGUAUUCACUGCCCACUCUCUGCCCAGUGACCCCCGGCUCUGGGCCACCGUGACCAACGCAUACUUGGGCACACGUGUCUAUCAUGAUACGCUGCAUGUGAAUGGCGUGUACAACGGGGCCUUGGGGGACACGCACCGAGCCAUCCUGCCCAGUCCCCUCGGCGUCCGGCUGGAGGCCCCCGCGGGCACCGGAGAGCAGCUGACCACGACCUUUGUCCUGGACACCAACACAGGCUCCUUUCUGCACACCCUGGAGGGCGCCCGCUUCCAGGCCUCGCAGCGCAUCUACGCCCACCGCAGGCUGCCCCACGUCCUGGCCUUCAGCGUGUCCAUCGCCCGCUUGGCCCCGGGCAGCUGGCCCGUCACGGUGCCGCUGCGGUCCGCCUUCUCCCCAGAAAGCCCCGACUUGGACCUGCACCUGGGGCCUGACUUCCAGGGAGCCCGGUACCUGUACGGCCACACGCUCGCCCCCGAGCAGCCUGGGGGAGCGCGGCAGGAGGUGCACAUGCUGUGGACGCCGGUGCCCCCCGCCCUGACCCUGGGGGAGGGCGAGAAGGACAGGACCUGGGAGUUCCUGACCGUGGUGGGCGGCAGCCAGGCCGAGGCCCGGGCCUGCCUUUCCGAGGCCCUGGAGCUGCAGGCCAGGGGGGCGCUGUACCCCACCCACGCCCAGGCCUGGGCGCAGCUCUGGGCAGGCUGUGGCCUGGAUGUGGUGGGGCCCCUGGCCCUGCGCCAGGCCCUGCGUGGCGCCCUCUACUACCUGCUCAGCGCCCUCCCCGCGCCCGGGGUCCCAGGAUAUGUCUGCCACGGACUCAGCCCCGGGGGCCUCUCCAACGGGAGCCGCGAGGAAUGCUACUGGGGCCACGUGUUCUGGGACCAGGACCUCUGGAUGUUCCCGAAUCUCCUCCUGCUCCAGCCCCAGGCCGCCAGGGCCCUGCUGCAGUACCGCGUCCAGACGCUGGGCGGGGCCCUGGACAACGCCCGGAGCCUGGGCUACCAGGGAGCCAAGUUUGCCUGGGAGAGCGCGGCCUCCGGCCUGGAGGUCUGCCCUGAGGACAUCUACGGGACCCAGGAGAUCCACGUCAACGGGGCCGUGGCGCUGGCCUUCCAGCUGUACUACCACAGCACCCAGGACCUGCAGCUCUUCCAGGAGGCUGGCGGCUGGGACGUGGUCAGCGCCGUGGCUGAGUUUUGGUGCAGCCGCGUGGAAUGGAGCCCUGCAGAGGAGGAGUUCCACCUGAAGGGAGUCAUGCCCCCCGACGAAUACCAUUCCGGGGUCAACAACUCCGUGUACACCAACGUGCUGGCCCAGAACAGCCUGCGCUUCGCUGCUGCCCUGGCCCGGGACCUGGGCCGGCCCGUCCCCAGCCGGUGGCUGGCCGUGGCCGAUAAGAUCAAGGUGCCCUUUGACCCGAAGCACAACUUCCACCCCGAGUUUGAUGGAUACGAGCCUGGAGAGGAGGUGAAGCAGGCAGACGUUGUGCUCCUGGGGUACCCCGUCCCCUUCUCCCUGAGCCCUCAAGUUCGCAGGAAAAACCUGGAAAUGUACGAGGCUGUGACGUCGCCCCAGGGCCCGGCCAUGACGUGGAGCAUGUUUGCCGUGGGCUGGAUGGAGCUGAAGGAUGCCAGGCGGGCACGGGACCUGCUGGACAGGAGUUUCGCCAACAUCACCGAGCCCUUCAAGGUGUGGACGGAGAACGCCGACGGGUCCGGCGCCGUGAACUUCCUGACGGGCAUGGGGGGCUUCCUGCAGGCGGCGCUCUUUGGGUUCACAGGGUUCCGGAUCACCCCGGCCGGCCUGACCUUUGACCCCAUGUGUCCGGCGGGGGUCUCUGGCGUGUGUGUCUCUGGCGUCUCCUACCAGGGGAGCAAGCUUGACUUCUCCUUCUCCGAGGGCUCGGUGACGGUGGAGGUCAGGCCCCCGGCGGGGCCCGGGGCGCCCCCGCUGGAGGUCGAGCUGUGGCCGGCGCAAACCCUGCUCCCCCUGCGCCCAGGACACAAGGUCUCCUUUCCCUGCUCUGCCGGCCGGAUUCAAAGGUCACCCUUGUAGGAGCCGAGGCAGCAAGUUCUGCUCCCAGAAUGUCCUGGGAGAAACUGUUGGAGACACGGGAGCCCACGGCACCCCCUGGACACCUGUGGGCCCCCCGCCCCGGAGCCCCUCACCUGGUGCCGUCCUGGCCUCAGGGACCUCUCGGGUCCUCCGGAGGCGGCUGGCUGCACCGCUCCUCCUGGUCGCCCUCCUGGCCUGCCGCCGUCUGCCUCCACCCCCCUCCGCCUGGCAGCCAGGCUCACGGGCUCCAGGAAAGGUCUGGCUUCUUUGGCCUGAAGUUCAAGGCUGCCUCUCGCCCGACCCCUUCCCUGCCUAACCUGUACCCAUUGCCUCCCUCACCGGCAUGCCUGCUCCUGCCCCCAGGCUGCCCCUGCCCCUGCCGUGCCCGAGUCACUUGCCCAGGGAGCUGUGGGUCAGGCAGGCGGCUCUGCUGGGAGGCCGGGGCGGGCGGGCCUGUUUGGGGGGCAGUGGGGAGGGGCGGGCUCGCCUGCGGAAUUGGAAUUACUCCGACUCAGCCGAAGCUUCACCAGCCAGAGCCCUCCAUGUCACCGAGGCCCCGUCAUGGUCGGACCCGGUGCUCCGGGCUGUCCCGGGAACUCAGCGUCCUCCGUCCCCGGCGCCCGGGCUCGGGGCGCUUCAGUCCGGCUGGACAGCCCCACCCAUGCCUUUCCUCAGCCAAGCGGGUGCAGGGCAAGACCCCGUAUCGUCUCUCUGACCGGCAGGAAGGACCGAGCCCAGGGCACAGGGUUCUGCGGGGGCCACAGCCUUGCAGCUGGCACGUCACACCGGGUCCCCUGGGUUUGCCAAUGAGGCAAGGCGGCGUCCGCAGGAAACUCGGCGAGGGCCCUGCCUGUGCACUGCCGGGAGUUAAAGUCGGGUUGGGGGAGCGGCCGGCAGGCUCCUCUGGAGCCAGGGCGCCCGGUGGAUGAGUUCCCGCCGGUAACUGGCAUUGUUAGAGCGAGUAGGUGGGUCCCGUUGGCGGCCCCCCUCCCCCCUGGCCAAGUGUGUUCUGGACAGAGGUAGUCCAAGUUCUCCGAGAAGCAGACACCCAGCAGACAAACUGUGACGGACGGACGGACGGACAGACAGAAGGGGAUGCAAGGCGGGUGGGGGCCGGGGGGCCCAGGCCUGACCCUGUGUGGCCGUGGGGGCAGCCCUGGGUCAGAGUGGCCUCAGAGGGAGGUGGCCAAGUUGUAACGAGCACCCGUGUCAGGACCAGCUCCCCGGGUCCUCGGUGGCUCUCCGGCACCCACAGGCUCUCCCUCCCCGCAGACGCCCAGCAGGUCGCAAAGCCUUGGGGACUGUCCCGGGGCAGCAGCCCUGGAGCCAGGGGUGGGCACAGGCACCGGGGGCACCAGGUUGCUGGAGCCCAAUGCGGCUGCACCUGCAGGCCACCUGCGCACGGCCACCUGUGCCUACAGCGGGCGGCCCUCUGAGGGGCGGUGGGCGGCAGGGCAUGCAUGCCGGGCUCGGGCCCCUGGUAGCCAGCGGCCUGACUUGGGCAGGGGCCUUCAGCCUGCCCAGGACACGGCCAGGGUGCCGGCGACCUCCUCCCCACCGGGCUUGACUGCACCUCUGUCCUCAGCACCUGGGCACGGGCGGGCAACCUUCACGCCCAUCACAGCCCUCAGACCAUCCCGUGCUGGGCCACAUACCUGGCCCCCACACAGGCUGACCCCUGCUCCCAGCCUCUACCCAGCGCGGGUUGGUCCCUUCUUGGGCCAAACCUGGAGCUCAGGGUGGGCAGGCGGUCUCCAUCCUGGCCCAAGCGCCGGCACACUGCCCUCGGCCUUGGUCCCACGUGGGGCCAGCUGGCUUCUCCACCCCCAGGCCCCGGCCAGCGCACCUCGGCCUCAGGGGCUGGCUCAGGGCAGCACGCUUCUCAGCUUGGGGCUGGGGUGCAUGUGGCCAGGGAACCGACUGCGGGCACGUGGGGGAUGGCUGGGCCAGCUGUUGGGUGUCGUGGGGAGGGAGGUGUGGGCAGGCAGCACGUUGGGAACGCCAAGUACAGCGGCUAAACAGGCCUCCCCCACCCCAGCCCAGGCAGAGUGGACAGGCCAAGGGGGCUCCCUGGGGACGGAAGGGACCCUGGGUGGGGUGAUCAAAACCCCAGCCACCCUGUGCUUAAGGCCCUGCAAUUAGCCUGCCCUGUCAUUGGCCCGGCCACAGCAAGGCCCCGGGACCUCACCCAGCCACACAGGGUGUGUGCAUGUGUCUAGCAACCCCCCUCUGCCAGCCCGCAGCUUGGGGUGCACCAGGAGGGGAAUUACAGGGCAUGGGCCUGGCACCAAGGGUGCUGAGAAAGUGUCCUCACCCCCUGUGUCCCCCUCUGCACAAUGUCGCCCGCUGUGUGGUGUGGGCGUCCCAUCUGCAUGAGCGAGGCUGCGUGGAGGGCGCGUGGCCAUGCCUGUGUGCGCCUGUGUCCCGUGUCCAGCCGUACGGACGCGCUGCAGGGCUGAGGUUUCUCAGAGUUAAAGGGACCGACCCAGUGACCCAAAGAAGGAGACUGGCACACACCCGACCCACAGACAGGCACGCGCAGGAGGGCUCUCCCUGGCCAGGGACUCCCACCCGCCUUGCACGCAGACGCACGCACGCAGACGGGUGGGCACACGUGGAGUCCGGGAGACACACCACUCAUGCCCCGGAAGACACGCCACGAAACCACAGCGCGGGCAGCCGAGAUGAAAGCCCGGGUUCCCAAACGGGAUUCUAAAUGCGCCGGCGCCUCCGCCCAGCAGCCGCAGGCCGCCCGGGCCCCCCGGGACGGUGGGAGACCACAGCCCAAAGCAGGACAUUCCGAGCAGGGCGAGCCCCCGUCAGUGUCGGGGUCCACCCAGGGCGUCUGGCGGUGGGUGUCCGACACCCUCCCCGCCCCCACCCAGCCAGAAACCAGCCGGGGGGCCCCUUGUGGAUCCAGGCACGUUUAAUGGUGAGCCCAGUGAGCGGGGAGG